AUGUCUCCUCUAUUAAUGCCCGAGUUCCUCUCUCGAAGUCCCGCUUCUCAGAAGCGUGGAUAUUCGGCCAGACCUUUUUGGGCGUGUUUACUGGCUUUCUUCCUCCUUGCUAUUCUCAGCUGGGUCUCUGGUCGCCUGGCCGAGCCUACCGAGCGGGUCUCGGUUCACCAUGUCGCUCAGCUUCGAAUGCGGGACAACGCGCUGGAGUGUCGUCUCGUCCGUCAAGCCAAAGAUCAAUGUGCCUUCGUCCUAUCAAACUGCGCCGAUCACGAGGAGGGUCUCUUCUCCUACCUCCAGUUCUACUACUGCACUGCGGCAAAGGCCAAGCCGCUCGCUUUCAUCGUCAUCGUCCUGUGGCUAUCGCUUCUCUUCAGCACCAUCGGCAUUGCUGCCAGCGACUUCCUCUGUAUAGAUCUAAGCACCUUGGCCAGUGUCCUCGGCUUGAGUGAGAGCCUCACGGGUGUCACCUUUCUUGCAUUCGGAAAUGGCAGCCCGGACGUGUUUUCCACCUUCGCCGCCAUGCGGUCGAAUAGUGGGAGCCUGGCCAUUGGAGAGCUGCUCGGUGCGGCAAGCUUCAUCACAUCCAUCGUUGCUGGCUCAAUGGCGCUGGUCCGCCCCUUCAAGGUCGCCCGGAGGAGUUUCGUUCGUGACGUAGGAUAUUUUAUCCUUGCGAUGGCCUUUAGUAUGUUUCUCUUGGGCGAUGGCCGCCUCCAUGUCUGGGAAUCUGCCAUGAUGGUGGCGCUCUAUUGUUUCUAUGUUGCAUUGGUGGUGACGUGGCACUGGUAUUUGACUCGACAACGGCGCUCCUACGAGAGGAAUCUAGCUGCUCGAUCACACUUCCACAUUCCGGACAAUCAGGAACUUGACAUCGAAGAAGAGGAGGAAGAUGACCCUGGUGUCGCGUCGGAGGCUACAAGUCUCCUUCACGGCGAGGAUUUCGACGCCCUGGAGAGAUCUGGUGUGCCAGCCUGGCGAGAAGGGGAGGAGGACGACGAAACCCGGAAUCGAUACCUUGCUGAGAUCCGCGACAACAUGCACAUUUAUCGGCCUACUACAAGGAGGCGCAAUACGUUGAACCCCAUCAGACCAAGUCUAGUGGGUGCUUUGGAGUUUCAGUCCGUCCUCUCUUCACUUCAACGGUCGCGGAAUAUCCAUCGCAACGAGUCGUUUGAUCUCGAGCGAUGCUCAGAUGGUGAGCGUUCGCGCUCGCAUUCGCGCCUGUCAGACAAUGCCUCUGUAGUGUCUCAUCCGCGGGCCAGCCGUCCCUCGUUGGGUGACCGCUUGUCGCCCAAUGGAGGCACUGGUUCAGCCCGCACUCGUGCGGUGUCAGCCAACGCCGCCGCCGAUCUGAAACUAGACACAAGCAUGUUCACUGUCAAUAAUCAGCAGCCGCUCCUCACUGUUCAUCGGCCCUCUGUGGAUACCCAAUCGCCCUCAGAAACAACGGGCGCCUUAGCAUCCGAUCAGAGCCCAGGAUCAACCGGCUCCCCUCAGCUGGCCGUCUCGCAAGCCCCCAGUACUGAGUCGAACACGCAUCUUCAGAGCCCCAACCUCCUUGCGCCCCCUGGUGCUUUCCAUGCCCCAACUUAUCAAGUGUCGAGUUCUCGUCCUCGUUCGCCGCUUCCAUUGUCCCCGCGCGGAACGACCCUCUCCCCGGGCCCGGCCAAUGCUUUCCCGGAGAGUCCUACAAGCCCAUUCCCACCCUUUCAAGAAGUACCCAGUUUCCCAUCCUCCGGGGCACCGAGCUUACGCCUGCCAGCCGCAUCAAGCCCGACGGAGCGGUUGCAGAUUCACGAUAGCGCCUUGGAUGGUGGGAGUAACCGGACGACAACCCCGACAUGGUGGUCCCAUCUGUCGCUCACUUCCCAGCCCAUCCUCCCCACCCUUUUCCCGACUCUGGCUGACUGGAAAUCCAAAUCUUUCUGGGAACGACUCUUGGGAAUUGUUGCGGCCCCCAGUGUAUUGCUCCUGACAAUCACCCUCCCGGUGGUUGAACCUGUACAACCUGAAGCGGGUGCAAGCGCUGUUCCCGUCAUAGUAACUCCGGCGGACGGUGACGGUGCACCAUCACCUGCUGUGCGACUGCCGGAAGAUAGUCCACUUCUUCGUGCGCUCGAUCAAGAGCCCAUUUCACGACGGAACACGGUUGAUCAAAACGGCAAGCCAGAACCAAUUCCGAGACAUUCUCGUUUUGAUUCCGAAUUGCCGGCCAUCCAGCCAAACAUAGAUUCCCCACCACCACCAUCGAAAGAGUGGUGCCUUUGGCUAGUUUGGGUACAACUCUUCGUGGGCCCCUUCUUCGUGGCCUUGAUGUACUGGACGACAGUUGACUCGGAUCUGGAUGUCGAACAUCUUCUCCUGCCGUCCAUGGUCUCUCUUCUCUUUUCUUUGAUAUGCACCACCUGCCUGAUGAUCAGCACACGACACGACCUCGCUUCCCAGCCUCCAACUGCCUGGCGGCCCGUUCUAGCAUUUUUAGGCUUCAUUGUCGCAAUCUGCUGGAUCGCAACCAUCGCCACCGAGGUUGUCAGCCUGCUCAAGACCCUAGGCGUAAUCUUAAACAUCAGUGACUCGCUUCUCGGCCUGACCGUGUUUGCAGUGGGUAAUUCCUUGGGUGACCUGGUAGCAGACAUCACGGUAGCCCGCCUAGGAUAUCCCGUAAUGGCGCUGAGCGCCUCCAUCGCCGUGUCGGGUGGUUCUUACGAGAUUGAAGUCUCCAAGGUCCUCGUCAUCAGCGGUGCUACUCUACUCAUCACCUUGAUUGGUCUGCUGAUCGUCGUCCCCUUGAAUAAUUGGAGGAUGGACCAGAAGAUUGGCUGGGGCCUGGUCAUUCUCUGGGUCAUUAGUACACUUGGCAAUGUUCUCGCCGAGGUUCUAUUCUGA